CUCCGCGCUUCCCCGCUGCGGUUGGGCUCGCUCGUUCCCUCCUUCUGGGCGGUGGUUGAGGCCGGCGGGAGGUGGGAUCGGCCGGGCCGGGGAAGCCGCCGGCGGUCAAUGAGCGCCCGUUGAUGGCAGGCUGGGCGGCCGCGGCGGGGUAGGGUCGGCGCGGAGCGGAGCUGAGCGGGGCGGAGGGUCGGGGGGGGACGUGCGGCAGCCGCAGCCGGCGGGAAGGCACGGAGGCGGGGAGCGCCCUGCAGCCCCGUCGCGCCGCAGCCCGGCGGCCGCCAAAGUUGCUCCCCAUCCCGAGGGGCAGCCGGGGAUCAGGCGGGGCGAUGAUCUUCCCCAGCAGCAACAGCAGCGCGGCGGGCGGCAGCCGGACGCCCUAUAGGAAGCAGCAGUCCAUUGUACCAGCCCACCCAAUGGCUCCUCCUAGUCCCAGCACCACCAGCAGUAAUAACAACAGUAGUAGCAGCAGCAACUCAGGAUGGGAUCAAUUAAGUAAAACAAACCUUUACAUCAGAGCACUGCCUCCAAACACCACUGAUCAGGACCUGGUAAAAUUAUGCCAACCGUAUGGGAAAAUUGUAUCCACGAAGGCUAUUUUGGAUAAGACAACGAACAAAUGCAAAGGUUAUGGUUUUGUUGACUUCGACAGCCCAGCAGCUGCUCAGAAGGCAGUUUCUGCUUUAAAGGCUAGUGGAGUCCAGGCACAAAUGGCAAAGCAACAAGAACAGGAUCCAACAAAUUUAUACAUUUCCAAUUUGCCACUUUCAAUGGAUGAGCAGGAGCUUGAGAACAUGCUUAAGCCUUUUGGGCAGGUUAUCUCUACAAGGAUAUUGCGUGACUCGAGUGGGACAAGCCGUGGUGUUGGCUUUGCCAGGAUGGAAUCAACAGAAAAAUGUGAAGCAGUGAUUGCUCAUUUUAAUGGAAAAUUCAUAAAGACACCAGCAGGAGUUUCUGUUCCUGCAGAACCUUUGUUGUGCAAGUUUGCCGAUGGAGGACAGAAAAAGAGACAGAAUCAGAAUAAAUACAUACAGAAUGGAAGAGCAUGGCACAGAGAAGGCGAGGUGAGACUUGCUGGAAUGACACUCACUUAUGAUCCAACCACAGCUGCUUUACAAAAUGGAUUUUAUCCAUCACCCUACAGUAUUACAGCAAACAGAAUGAUCACUCAAACAUCUAUUACGCCAUAUAUUGCUUCUCCGGUUUCCACAUACCAGGUUCAGAGUCCUUCUUGGAUGCAGCCUCAACCAUAUAUAAUGCAGCACCCAGGUGCUGUACUGACUCCCUCCAUGGACCACACCAUGUCACUACAGCCUGCAUCAAUGAUAAGCCCUCUGACGCAGCAGAUGAGUCAUCUUUCAUUAGGCAGUACUGGAACAUACAUGCCAGCCACAACAGCUAUGCAAGGAGCCUACAUACCCCAGUACACACAUGUCCAGACAGCAGCGGUUCCUGUUGAGGAAGCCAGUGGUCAACAGCAGGUUACAGUAGAGACGUCCAGUGACCAUUCUCCAUAUACGUAUCAACAAAAUAAGUAACUGUGAGAUGCCCGGUGUUGACCCGGCCUGGAGAAGGGUGCAAAGGCUGAAACAAUCAUGGAUUUUACUGAUCAAUUGUGCUUUAGGAAUUAUUGACAGUUUUGCACAGGUUCUUGAAAAUGUUAUUUAUAAUGAAAUCAACUAAAACUAUUUUUGCUAUAAGUUCUAUAAGGUGCAUAAGAAAAACCUUAAAUUCAUCUAGUAGCUGUUCCCACGAACAGGUUUAUUUUAGUAAAAAAAAAAAUUUUUAUCAAGUGUUACGACGCAAAAAAAAAAAAAAAUUCAAAUUUCUGGGUAUGCACAGAUGACCACGAAGACUAUUCAUGUGCAUGACAGAAUUUGUCUUUUGGUUUAUUUUUAUUUUGUUUGUUUUAUUUUUUUCCCGUUUUUUUUUUUUUUUAAAUUUUUUUUUUAAUUGUAUGAAAUGGGUUUUCUGAAGUUUAAAAUAGUAAAACAUCUAGGAUGAUGUUCUGUGCUUGCAGUGUGUGAGUGUUGCUUUAGUGCAGUGUUGCAGUUAUAGCGUCUGGUCUUUUAGCUUUCUGUUUUUCUUUUAAUGUAGUGUGAAGUGUCUUAUCCUUUUCUAUGAAUUCCAAUUUGCCUUAAAUCUUUCGAUGCUGUAGCUAUUUCAGUAAGUAGUCCAAACUAAUGGUGUAGAAUGCUUUGACCAAAUGAGCUGGUCUAUUAUGCCUUGUAAAACAGCAGCAUAGGGCUUUUAAAGGUAGUCAAUAAAAAUUGCUGAAAAUUUGGCUUUUUUAA